ACAUACAUACAAUACAAUACAAUACAAUACGAUACGAUACGAUACAACACACAAUUGAGGCUGCUACUGAUCUCUUGGGAAAUCAAGUCCCUAAACGAUGACUGCUCUAUCGAAUUCGUUGGUUUUGACAAACCCUUGUCGACUCCAUUUAUCAUCUGGCUUUCCUUUGAAGUCAGUGGACCUUUUUCUUGGAAGUUUGGGCCCCAACAACUCGUCCUUCAGACCCAUUCAGAUAGGGAAAACACAAAUUUCCACCUGUAAAAGGGCACUUACUGUUCAAGCUGGAUACGGUAAUGGAGGAAGGCCAGGACAUGCAAGUACCUUUAUUGGUGGCUUUGUUUUGGGAGGACUAGUUGUUGGCACACUCGGUUGUGUAUUUGCACCUCAGAUCAGUAAGGCACUGGCUGGAGCUGAUAAAAAUGACUUAAUGAAGAAAUUGCCUAAAUUUAUAUUUGAUGAAGAAAAAGCUUUGGAGAAAACACGCAAGGUACUGGAAGAGAAGAUAGCACAGCUGAGCACUACUAUAGAUAAUGUUUCUGCUUCGCUCCGAUCAGAAGAUGCCCCAAAUGGAGCGGCUGUGGAUGCAGAUGAACUAGAAGCGGCCAUAUAAGAAUGCUCAUGUUUACUUUUUUGGUAUCACUAGCUUCCACCUCUAUUAAUUGUCAGAUUAAGAAAUAGUACUUUAAUUUGUUGUGUUUUUUCCUUCCUUCUUGACAGUUAAUGUAGUGGUUUCUUUUUAUGUGGCGGUUCUGUGCACGACUAAACAAAACAUUGCUCAACAUCUGGGCUGAUUUAUGUAUUAGCUGAUAUUCCAUCUUGGUGUUUGAGAUUUGUUUCUCCUGGCCAAGUAUUUGCAGCUGAAAGAGACAUUGAACAUUAUUAUUGUCAAUUGGUCCAUACAUUUUCCAGCUUUGUACUCCAAGUUCUGUUGCUAGAAGAGCUAUUCUUCUAAAUCACACCUUUGCAGUUGCAGGAAGCUUCACGAUCACUCAUAUCCAUUGUUGAUUAUUGGAAAUUUAAGUUGGUAGAUUGGUGGUCCGUUGCAAUAUGUUCGGUUGAUUUAUGGUUGUUGACCUCCCACAGUGGGAACUAUUGUUAAGCGGUUUCAAUGAGUAGCAAGCUUACCUUUCUUUAUCUAUUUUCAAUUUAAAUCAAAAUAAAAUCAAUGUAAGAUUUUCGAUUUUUGAGAUUGAAUCUUUCAUUCUGCAUUUCAUUGCAGCCGGUUCAUGUACAACCUUAAUUAUCGGAGCCUUUAGUUGAGGAA